AUGGCGAAUUGUGAUGGAGUCGGGGAACUGAUGAUAAAUUAAUAAUUUACUUUAUUUUGUGACGACUGUAAACAAUUUCGUGCUCAAGGAAGUGUGCCGAGGGAUCAGGGACUUUACAAUUUAAUUGUGUAGCUAUAAUUUGCCUUGUAACCCGGAAGAUAUAAAUGAACCAAAACCAAAUCCAGCAACUUACCACUCACCUAUCGCAGGCACUUGAUCAAAACUACGAUGUCGUCAAUAUGGAUGCUGUACUCUCUGUUAUAUGUGCACUGGAAGGCACAACAAUUACCAAGGAGCAGCUGGAGGCCACCAGACUGGCCAAGUACAUAAAUCAGCUCAGAAGGAGGACCAAAAAUGAACACUUAGCUCGACGUGCAAAGUCCUUGCUGAAAAAGUGGAGGGAAAUGGUGGGGAUUCAGCAAACAGCCGCUGAAAAUGUGCCACAUCUUAGUCAAAUUGCUUCCCAGCCCACGCAGCUAACAUCAGACUUUCCAAAGUCUACUGCGGUAGACAGCCACAUAAGCGAGCCAGUUACUCAUUUGCCGUUCUCUCAAUCGUUGCCUUCGCAGCAAAUUGUUCCACACAUGCAAUCAAAUAUCGACUCUUCCGAGCCUCCACCUUUGGGUGUACAUACCGAGUUUCACACCAACUUCUCAAACCUGGUCAACAAUAUCCAUGAUCGCGAGCACGAGGAGAAAUUCAAUUCAAUAGCGACACUUCACAAUCUAAAGGACCGGCGCCAGCCUCAGCUCGCGCUAAGUGGACAAGUGGUCUCUCCUCAGCCGAUCGUAAUUGAGCAGUCCGUGAAUUCCGUAUUUAACCUAACCGACGUCAGCGCCGAAAAGAUACACGAAGCUUCAGUUGUUAUUGACAUUGUAUCCGAUUCCGAUGAAAACGACAACAACUGUGCGUCGAAAGGAGAAAAAUCCAACUUGACAGUUCCUGUACCCCUUGCAAUUCCAACAAAACCAAGCUAUCGACCGAAAAAAUUGAAAAAGGAGAAAAAAAGUAAAGACAGAGGAGGGCAGGUCGCACAAAACAUAAGAUUUGGAACAAAAGUUAGCGAUGUUUUGCUACAGACUGCUCUCGCAGCAGAUUCAGAAAUUUUUUCCCUUUCAAACAGUUCUAUGAGCUCAAUUUUAUCUGGGGAUGCUACAUUGGGCAAUUCCCAGAAUAAAACUCGAUUGAGCUCAAGCGAGUUGACAUUUACUGGCAGAUUUAAAUCAGUAAACCAAUUGGAUGUUUCAAACCACAGUAAUUCCAGCUUUUUGACCGGACAAAAUAGUGUAUUUCGAAGCAAUGAGUCAGGAAAACUUGAUGAAUACAGUGCUUACGACUCAAGUGCAUCAUGUAGCCGUCUAUCGCCAUCAACUGUCGAGGAUGUAAGGAAGUCUGAAAAUUUAAUUAAUGCUCGAUUGAACAAUGCAACUGCGAUUCAGCUGGCUACACCUGCAACAGGAAUGGGUUAUGAUCCAAAUAGUAGAUCAGAGUAUUCGGAAAACGCCUCCCAGUCUCAAAUUCCAAAAAGGCGGGGUAGAAAAAAAGGAUCAAAAGGUGUGGACGCACUUAUCGCCAAGGAGUCUUCUAGCCUGUCUCAGCAAAUAUUUUUUGGUGGCUCAACUGUUAAAAAGGUUAAAACCACAAAGGAACUGUUCAAUGAAAUUCAGAGCAGAAAGUUGAGUGUUUCCAUGCAAUCAUCAAUAAGUAAUCUUUCAAAUUCGUCAACGAAUCGAGAACUAGCUAGCCGUGCUAUUUUUCCAAGACCAACGUCGUCCUGUUCAGACACUUCAAUUCAUUCUCCACAAAUUUUGGACACCUAUUCGGGAAAUGCUACUUUUACAAGCAAAACUGAAGAACCUCCUAAUUCGGAUAGUGAUACGGUCACUUCAGAACCAUCUCACGAUAGUAAUAAAUCACAAGAAAUUAAGGAAUCUACUUCACUGGACAGUAAUAGUAAUUCUCUUCAUACAUUACAUUUAGCAAGGACUCCGAAAAACUUGAUGCCGAAAAAUUUUAAUGAUGUUACCACUCAACUAAUGCACCUAAUUCACAGCUUAAACAGCCCAAUGAGUGAACUUGAAAUUGAGGAAUUGUACCAAGCUCAAAUAGUACCAUGUACUUGCAUAGUUAUCGAGGAAGUUCCAAGUACAUUAGGAGAGCACAAAAAAGAAACUUCAGACACUGAUACCAACGAUCCAACAACUAGUUCAAAUUAUGAUGAGAAUAUUUCUCACCACAAGAAUGAAGAAAACAUGCUUAAUUUUGAAAGUUUGGAUAAUGGUGAUGUAGGUGAAAUUCAGCCAAAAACAGUGAAGUCCAUAUUUGAUCUAGAUUUUGACGAUAACGACGAUCCUUUGUAUUCAAUAAUGGAUGAAAUUCGGAAGCCAAUAGUUAAAUUUGAAGAUAUAAAAAACUCUGAUACCAAAAAUGUAUCUUUUAGUUCACCUGUACAAAACGUUUCGUUAAAUUUGUUACAUAUUAACGCCGAUGCUCAACUUGACAACACAAAUCAAGGAAAAGUAAACAGUGAAACACAAAAUGAAGUUCUUCCUGUUUUUACGGUUCAUGAGGAUCCUGAUUGCGUAGCAAAGCAUAGGUUUUAUGUACAAACCAACAAGGUGACGAGUUUUCACAUAAAUUCAUUGCAUAAUUUCUACAUACCAAACAUAAAUGGCAAUUGGGAUAGUGUUGACUCAUCUCCUAGUUUUCAAUCUGAGAAAAACUUUCUUCACACCUUGGACUCGUACACAGUGACUAAUGGAGCUGAUGUUGUACCUAAAUAUGGUCUUCUUACAUCAGAUAGAAUAAGAAAAGAUUUAAGUUCUUUAAAAUUUAUAAAACCUUUCAAGGCGAAACGUUUUAAAUCUUUUGUGUCACCGUUUCUUGGCGUUGCAAAGUGCUUACCAACGUGUCGACGUGCUAGACAAAGGGUUAAGGAAUGGCUUAAUUCUUCGAAUACUUCUGCUCAAAUUUCAAAAAGUUUACAAGUUCCCGAAAUUAAAAUAGAACAACAAUUUAAUAGUUCCAGCCCGCUAAAGGUUAAUAUUGAUGUUCCGAUUUCUGCUAUCAACAGCCAUAAUGAAAACCACGUGCCAACGCAAGUUAAUUCCAACAUCAAUAUACCACCAUCACCCGAAACAUUAUUUGGUACGUGCUCCAUCAAUGCUUUCAGUAAUAACCUAUUAAAAUUGGCUAAUGAUGAGGUGCAAUCCGCUGACCCUGAAUCAAGCGAUAAAAGUAGUGAUAACGAGUUUCAGGAUGACAGUCCGUAUAGUGCUAGUAGUUCCAGCAGUUUUAGCUUUUCCAGUUUAAAAGAAACUCAAGACUCCAUAAAUGAAAAGCUUAAAAAUAAAAGGACUGAGUCAAUCGGCACAAAAGCAGUGAUACAUCAAGGAAAUAAAAGAAUAUAUGCGGGGGAUGCUACGAAAAACAACAAAAAUGUACGGAAGGAAUUUAAUAUUCCGGGCAAGCGGAUUAAGACCGCUUUAAAUGGGAAUUUGUUUCAUCUGAGUAGUAAUAAUAACAGCAGUGAUAGUGACAAUGAAGCAGAGAAUGAUAAUGAAAAUGAAUACGAAAACAGUAAUAAGGAAGAAUAUGCCGUUGUUCAACGCCCACAAGGUGAUGGUGGAGCUUGCAGCAAUCAUAUUGUAUUGACAAUAAAGAAAACUCCAAGCAAAAUCAAUUCUCCAGCAAACUCUAUGAAUGCAGUUUCACCAAAUACAGAUAUCAGAUCAGAUCAUGUCGGAAAUGUAAAAAAAACAAUUACCAAUUAUUUUCUGGAAGAUGCAACUAAAAUACGAAGUUCAACUAAAAUUUCGGAGGAGAGAAGUAAGUUAAUAUCGAAAGCAUACAGGCUAGCUUCUCGGUCCCGCUAUCGCCAAGUAAGCCGAAAACACGUAAAAGGUCGAAUUCCGACUAUUGAUAUAGAACUUAAACAUUUAUUCCAUUUAAAUCCAAAAGAAACAGAUCACAUUUCUAAAAUGAAGCUUCACAAUAAAUUGUUUUUCCACCACGAAUUGUGCAUGGAGAACGCUGUAGGUAUAGAGGAAAAAAUAAUAAACUAUAGCAGCAGCAGCUCAAGUAAUGACGACGAUAGCGAAGUGGAAAACACCUUCACAGAGGAGGAAGAAAAAGUUAAAAAAAGUUCAUCUUUCGAUACAUAUAAAAUAAAAUUUGAGACUGAAACGAGUGCCGGUGCAGCGAUUUCCGAAGUCAAAUUUGAAAGCGAGGAAGAUUCAUUUUUAACUUCCUCGAACGAUAGCGAUAGAUCAGAUGAAGAAGAACGUGAAGAAAUAAAUCAUACAGUCGAUGAGCGCAACGAUUUUCGAAACAACAACAUGCUGCAAUCUUUUAAUUCAAUAUUUGAUGAGAGUUCUGUUGCCAGUAUAAAAUCAGCCCCGCCUAUAGCAUCGCUAGAAUCACAAAAAAAAGAGAAUACCGAUGUUAGUAAUAGAUGUUGUAAUAAUAACAACUUAGAUGUUGGCUUAACCAAUGAAAUCAGUAACAUCAGGCAAAAAUCUACUGAGUCGCCAGAGUCAACUAAUAGUUUUCCAUUACUCGGCUUUGAGUACCGUACUGGGAUUCGUCAAUCCUUAGACGCUGCUCCAAAAAGUGUACCGGAUAAGGACUUAACCAGGAUUCAACAAUUCAAGGAAUGGCAUCAAGUUCUCCAAUUAAAAUCCUACAAUAAUGAGCCCUUAAUCGUUUUGCCUUACGUUUUGCUUGAAUAAAUUAAACGUUUCACUCACGCUGUGUGAUAGCAUUUCCAAUACAAGAAGAUGAAAAAGAAAAAGCGUGUAGCGAAAUUAAAUUCAUUUAAAAAAUUAUUAUCAACUUAAUUAUAAUAUUGUGUUGUGUAAAAGUCACUUUUGAUUAGAUCACAGCACUGUUGGUUAAUUGUACGUUUGCCACGAUAAAAAUAAGCAUAAUAGUUUAAGAAGAAUUGCGUUUGCAAUGUGAACUUUUGUUACAUUAUACUGUUAAAAAAAAUAAUUUGAUGUUUUUAAUUUGAAAAUUUUCAGUAAAUAUUUAAAAUUAUAAAUAACACAAACUAAUGUAUAAUAACUGUAAAUAAACUAGCUAUACAUUAAAUACGUUUCUCAAUGAA